UGGAGAUUCAAUGACUUUAUACUGACAUAAAAUGACACUUUAUGCACAUUCUCGCAUUAUUCGCGAAGCAAGGGAGACAGGCGGAUCGUUUCUGUGAGAUAGGUCGCCAUGGCUACAAACGUGACAUGGGACGAUUUUGUCAGCUUAAAAAAAGGUUUAGAAAAAUCAGAUGCCGAUCUCAACAACUUAAAAACCAACCUGGAUCAGUUCUUCCUUAUUGUCAUGGGGAUGGUUGUAUAUUUGAUGCAAGGUGGUUUUGCCUUCUUGGAAGCUGGAGCCGUGCGAAGCAAAAACUCCACCAACAUACUCAUCAAGAAUUUCAUGGACUCAUUUGUUGCUGGCAUUGCGUACUGGGUGAUCGGCUACCCACUUGCCUACGGAAAAGGAAACAGUUUCAUCGGCUACUCAUUUUGGGCCUCCAAUGACCUCCCGGAUACAGAUUUCGCCUCCUUCUUCUUCCAGUACGUCUUUGCCGCCACCGCCGCCACCAUUGUGUCCGGUGCCAUGGCUGAGAGGUGCGAGUUCGUGGCCUAUUUCGUGUACAGCUUUCUUCUCACAUCUGUGAUCUACCCCGUUGUUACCAGGUGGGUUUGGGCUGAUGAAGGCUGGCUUUUGGUGGGCUCUGAGUACGGUAGUGGCAAUGACACCUACACGAUAGGAUACGAGGAUUUUGCUGGUAGUGGAGCCGUUCAUGUUCUCGGCGGGGUAGCUGCUUUCUGUGGCGCUUUAUUGCUUGGACCCAGAAUUGGACGGUUCCACCCGGACACCCGAGGUCCAGUUGACCUUAGGGGUCAUUCGGUUCCCUUCGCAGCUCUCGGCGGCUUCAUCCUCUUGUUCGGGUUCCUUGCUUUCAAUGGAGGGUCAGCUCUCAGCAUCUCCGGUGACGGCAACGGCGCCAGCGUCAGUCUCUCCGUCGUCAACACCAUCAUUUCAGGUUCAAUGUCCGCCUUCGUCUCCCUCUUCAUACACAAAACCGGCUACUUCGGCAACCGUUACUGGAGUCUCCUCAACGCCCUGAACGGCGCACUUACUGGCAUGGUAGCAGCAUGUGCCGGGUGCAACGUCUACUACCCCUGGGGCGCCGCUGUCGUCGGCUUCUUUGCCGCCAUCUCCUUUAAGUUGUGGUCAUACAUCAUGCUGCAACUGAAGAUAGAUGACCCACUUGAUGCAACUGCGGUUCAUUUCGGAGGAGGUCUUUGGGGCGCUAUCGCUGUCGCAUUCUUGAAAAGAGAUGAAGGGAUUGUGUUUGCGUGGGAUACACAAUCAGGCUUGCGUCUGGCAUGGCAAUUGACAGGGGUGGUUUCCAUUGCUGCGUGGUCAGCUGUCCUGUGUCUCCUCAUGUUCGGUACUCUACGACUGAUGGGCAUCCUCCGAGUCCCUGAGGAUCUGGAGAGGAAAGGUCUAGACAUACCCAAGCACGGCGAGCCGGCCUACCCAAUGGAAUCGUAUGGUCAUGGCUGGGUGGAGCACAUCCUGCAGGUCUUGGAGGACGGAAGACUGUCGGAGGUCCAGCAAGACAUACGGAACUACACAGAAGUCGUUCCCGGUCUUCUGAACAGGGGCUUUGAAAGCGGCAUCCACACCGUCGGCUACGACAGCGUGGAAGUGCAAGCCAUGCACGAUGUUCAUGGCCAGAAAACUGAGCCACCAUCCAUUGAGGACCUUGACAAACACCCACAUCGUCAUCCCAAACCCCCAGCCGGGCACAUCCUCACCCCUGCCGUCUCCCAGUACACGCCACGUCCCAACGUGGGCAACGGCAACGCCACACAGAUGCAUCCUGUCAAUGACAAGUAUGUGUUUACUGCCAUGUAAAGAAAUCCACCAAGAUGCUGAUCCAUCACAGAGACUCUGAAAGUCAUGACGUAUCUGGACUCCGCUGCCACAUCGUCUAACACCAAAGUUUUCCAAAGGAACACAAAUGGAGAUUUUCAAACUUGGUGGUUUUAUAAUCCACGAAGACAUUUCGAAACCAUUUGACACCAUGUAACAAUCUUGUCCCAUAACCCUUCUCAAAUCGUUUCAAAUGAAGCAGUUUUGUGGUAGGUAUUUAACCUGAACUAUGCCAAGAAUAUGCUUGUUCGAAUGUCUGGAAUUUAGCAUCUGCAAUACAUGUGAUACAUGUACUUGAGGUCAGUGAUGAUGGCAAUACACACUGAGAUUGCUAUUACAUGUUUGUGUUUUAAAAAGCUAAUGUUUACCAUAGAGAUCAAGUACAUUUCCACAGUCUUUCAUUAAUUGUUUUCCUAACGCUGAUCUUCAACACGUAAAUAUCCCCAGUGCCUUGCAAUACAAUCCAAAAGGUAUGUUUACCAUAAAUAUACGAAAUAUCCACUUCCCUUUUCAGUAAUUAGUUUCUUCCAAAACCAUAGAUUAUAGCAACAUCUUUUUACAGUAGAUGUUUACUUAAUGCUGAUGUUCAACUUAGAUCAUUAAAGAGACACAUCGUUUUGCAACAUGCAUUUUGCUGAUGUUGACCAUAGAGCAUUGAUGUAUGCACAGUUCAUUACAAUAUUUGCUUUCCAGACACAAAUGUUUAACGUAAAUCUCUAACAUUUCCCGAGCCGUGCAACACUAUAUUCAUGUGUAUGUUCUUUUGAACAGUAUAUGCUUGAUGACUGUAAAUCAGAUAUAUUUUUUACAUUAUCUAACAGAUGCAUAUGCCUUUACAAGUAACUUAUAUUUACAAUAAAGUAUAGCAUGACAUCAAACCUACUUUAAUCACGAAUUUAACUUGUGUUAAAGUUGAUCAUUAUUAAAAUCCAUUUACUUGAAGAAAUUGUAAUUAACAUGCAAAUAAUUCAAAUCAAUCCACACUCUAAACACCAUAUUUUGCAUUUAUGCUUCUGAUGUGCAAAGAGGACGUGUAGAUAUUGACAGGUACUCCGAUGGCAUUGACAAGAUAUCUACACGAGGGAAUUUGGUUUAACGCCGCCUUUAACAGUAUUUUAGUUUUAUCAAGGCAAAUGGGAGGGAUGGAAUCCCGAAGGGAUGCAGCUGUUGA